GUAAUAAUUCAAAAAAAAGUUUCGGUGUCACUGUCAUUCAGAUUUCCAUUAAAGUAAAAAUUUGCAGUUUAAAAAAAUAUGGCGCAGUACAGAUCAAAAAACGAGGACGAAGAUGAUGAAAAACUUGAAAAGGCUUGCUGUGGCUUCAAAUAUACCCCUGUCGAAGAAAAAAGGAAGAUUUUCCUGUCCGAUAUUCUCAGAGAUGCCCACGAACGCAAGAAACACCUUCUGGAUAGCAAUCAUGUCCAUCCAGCUGUGGAAAAAUGGUUCAGAACCAUGGAAACCAAAAACGAAGGACGCAUUUCCUCCAAGGAGCUCCAGCAAGCCUUUGAGGUGUUCCAGGGCAAGCAUUUUUCGGAUUCAUCCUGUAAAUUUGUCGUAAGACUAUUUGACUUGGACAAAAACGGUGGUCUCGACGUGAAAGAAUUCGAGUCUCUCUAUUACUACAUUCGUCAAUGGUUGAACGCGUUCAACACUUACGAUCGUGAUAAAUCCGGGUUUCUUGAUGAAAACGAGCUAGACUACGCCUUGAAGCAAAUGGACAUCAACUUUUCCCCGGAAUUCAUUAGAUUUCUCAUCACCAAAAACAACCCGAAGGCUAAGAAGAUGGCUUUGGACCAGUACAUCAUCACUUGUAUUCAGAUUCAACGAUUCACCGAUGAAUUUAAGAACAGAGAUGUGAAUUAUUCGGGAAGUAUCAAUAUUAAGUACGAAGAUUUUUUGGAAAUGAUUCUAAGAUGUUUAUAAUGAUGAUUUUAAUCUGAAGGUUUUGAUGCUUUAACUGAAUAAAUGACU